UUCAAUUUUUGUCAAGGGACAUUUUUGUGAGAAAAAGCUUCUGAUAAGCCAAGGUGAAAUGGGAAAAAACGAAGAAUCUGUGGUGUUUAAUUACAGAGACUUUAUGGAUAAAAUCAACUACGAAUGUCAUCCAGCGAGAAUUGCAAUAGACAGCGAGGAUAAAUGUCUGGCAAUGUGCGUGAUUCAUCUUUGUUUCGUUAAGAACAGCGAGAGUGAUGAAGACGCGCCAUGUUGGGUUGAGAUUGUCUUGAAUAUGGCUGUUCAAUAUGUUAAAGGUGUAAUCUCUUACGCGAUGCAACGUAGAAGGGAAGUGCAGGAAAAGUAUCACUUUCAAGAACCACCAGCGCUGAGAAUGGACUCGAAAAUGGAAUUCACUUCAGCCAAAAUUCUUAAGCUCAUUCGACCAAGUCGUUACAUUGAAACAGUGAAGUUCAAACGUAAGAAUUGGGCUCGUAAAAGAGUCGUUAGUAAUCCUUUUUUGUAUGGCGAGGAAGACAGAAAUGACAGUGCUUCUGUUUGUUCUCCUGAAACCAGUUACAAUGAAGGAAGUGUGUUUGAAGAGAGUGCUGAUUUGACUCAAGAGAUUUGUAAUUCACCUGUAAGUGAGGUUUCCGAUAUUUAUGAAAACGUUGAUAUCGAGAGAGGUACUCAUGAUGCAUCUGAUCAAGUCGACGACUCGUAUCUUGAAAGUACUCGACCACAGGAACGUUCAUUUGACAGCUCACAAAUAGAGGACAAGGAGUAUCUUCGAAGAAGUAUACAAGGAAAUGAUGAAGAUGUUGGGGGAUAUGACGAUGGCGAACUUUACGUCAACGUACAGCAUGGAAGGGAAAGUGAUUUUGAAACAUCGGAGAGGCAAAGUUUUGAUUCUAAUCGUUUCCAAGAGGAAUAUUAUGAUAGAAAAGUGGAUGAUUCAUCACGGAAUGACUAUAAUUCUGUAUACUUCAUGCGCCCAGAGAAUUUGAUGCCUGAUGCAACAACAAAUCAUUAUGAUAGUAGAACAACAGUUCACGACUAUCCUGAUAUGAAAGACGAGGGGUUACCACAAGAGGAACACGAGGAGUCCUCAUUCAAAGAAUGUAGAAAGGAAGAGGCACAUGAGACACAAACCCAACCACAAUCUCCUGUUUUUUCACACGGCUCAGAUGGCGAAUUCUUUCAAACAAUACCAGAGGAUUCUAGUUCAGCGUAUUCCUCAGAGUUGAGGGAUAUCCCGAGUCCUGAUUACAUGGACGAUGAUCUUCCUCUUUACACAAACUUCUCUUCCAUACAAGAACACGAAGAUCUCGCCACAAAUGAUGAAGUUUUGAAUGAAAAUAUUUACGAGGUUAUGAACAGACCAAGUCAGCCUGUGUACGAUGACACGGUGGAAUAUGUUAACACCACUGAAUCCAGGCAAUAUUGCCAGCAAACUGGACUAAUCUUUCAUCAAUAGAAGUUGCUCUCUGGUCAUGUGUACGGAUUGUCGUUAAAAAACUUGUAAUUAGGUCAUUCUUCUGACCCUAAAUAACGCAACGUUUUUCCAUCUGAUGGUUAAUAGUUAUGUUGAUUACGGGCAAUUAGAGAUAAAUUUUAGCUAAAAUGGGGAGGAAGUUCAUUUCAAGAAGAAACAUUAGCCUACACUAAUCUUAUAUAAAGUAUCAUCAGUUGUACUGCGGGCUCGAUAGAAGAUGUAAAGCAAUAUUUGGUUUCUCAAUUUUGUUUGUUUUUAAAUGUUUUUAUGAAGAAAAUUUAUUGAAUUUACUCCAAACUACACACCAGGCAUUGAUGUCUUUACGACAUUUCGGGAAACUCGUUGGCAGCGCAAGGCAUGGUCAUAUUUUGAAACCACUGAGACAUAUCUCGAUCCAAACAUUUCCUAGAAUUGAUGGCGACAUUGAUUGCAAAUCAGCGGAAUUUCUUAGAAACAAAGACUUUUAUUCAGUAUUUCAAGAAACCUAUAUGCAAGAUUUGACCAGUUUGGACUCUGGGGCAAACAAGAAAGCAAUUGAUCGUCAUGUAAAAGUGAAUAAAAAGCUUCUUCUGAAAGAUAGACUUUCAUCCAUUCUUGAUCCAGGCUCAGAUUUCUUGGAACUUUCACCACUAGCUGGAUUUCGUUUGGAGUAUGGUGAGAUCCAACGUGCUGGUAUUUUGUGUGGUAUUGGCAGAAUAUCUGGACAACCAGUCCUUGUUCAAGGCAACGAUGCAACAGUGAAAGGUGGAACUGCAUAUCCUGUUACUGUGAAAAAGCAGCUUCGUGCUCAAGAGAUCGCAGAAGAGAAUAGUUUACCAUGCUUGUAUUUAGUUGACAGUGGUGGUGCGUUUCUACCAUUGCAGGCAGAAAUCUUCCCGGAUGAGCAACAAGGUGGAAGGGUAUUUUAUAAUGAGGCUAUCAUGAGUUCAAAGAAUAUACCACAGAUAUGUAUUGUAUGUGGUUCAUGCACAGCUGGAGGAGCCUAUAUCCCAACUAUGGCCGAUAGAUGUGUGAUUGUGGACAAGAUCGGAACAAUAUUUCUUGGGGGGCCACCUUUAGUGAAGGCUGCAACUGGUGAAAUUGUAUCGGCAGAAAAUCUGGGUGGGGCCACGGUUCAUUGCAGCAUAAGUGGUUGUACAGAUUAUUUUGCAAAAACAGAGCAGGAAGCAUUCUCAAUGACCAGAUCCAUUUUUGGCUCAUUAAAUUCCACUCCACCAACACCACAUUUAGACUUUGAGGAGGCUCUCCAUGAUCCUGAAGACCUUGGACCACUUUCAGUCCAUGGAGAUAGUGAAACACUUCCAAUAUACAAGAUUAUAGCACGUAUUGUAGAUGGAAGCAGAUUUCACGAAUUUAAAGAGAUGUUUGGUCCAACUCUUGUGACGGGUUUUGCUGGAAUAAAAGGAACUAUCGUCGGUAUUAUAGCAAACAACGGUCCAAUUACGUCGCCAGCAGCGUCGAAGGCUGCUCAUUUUGUCCGUGUCUGCUGUCAGCAGAAUAUCCCUCUUGUCUUCCUACAAGACACUCAUCCUGUUGUCGACCAGGACCCUGAGUUGGCAAAACAACUUGCAAGAUUAAUGUCAGUCGUUGCAUGCGCUGAGGUGCCAAAGGUGACGGUUAUUAUUGGAAGAUCGUUUGGUCCAACAAGUUACGCGAUGUGCGGUCGUUCUCUUCAACCAUCAUUCCUGUAUCUCUGGCCUACAGCACAAAUAUCCCUGGACGAACCGAGCAAAAUUUCUGGUAAAAGUCAAAACCACGAGGAAAUUAAAGAAUAUCUUGAUAGUCGAUACAAAAUAAAGUCCACUUCAUUUUUUUCAACCGCCCGUCUUUGGGAUGAUGGUAUAAUCUUACCGCAUCAAACGAGGGAGGUAUUGGCGUUGAGUUUAAACGCAUCAAUGGAGAAACGAAAGUUUGUGGAAGAAUCGAACUUUCCUGUCUUUCGAAUGUGAUUUCAGAGCUGAUUUCCCAGAAAGGUUUGUCGAGAAGUCUUUCUUUAAGCAUUAAGCUAUGAAUAAGGGGCUUCAAGAAACUCAAGCGGCAGAAACUGAAACAGCGGAAUCUGGUUCUCAGGAAAUUUUUUAAAUCGCUUCAUGACAUUGCAAAAUCCAUGCAAGAAAAUAGACGAUAUUUAUCAAGUACUUUAGAACUAACCAUUUCUGGCUUACAGAGAAGAUAUACCCACUAAAAAUUAUUAUUUCAUUCGGUAAAUCUGUGACAUUAUAUUUCUACACAAAAGAGCAGUUCUUAAACAUGGAAUUUCUUUUGAUAUUUGCGAUUAAAUUUUGUCGCGCGGACAAUUAUCUUUCCUUGCUUUCACAGAGAAGUAGUUGCAACAUUUUGAGAUUUUCGUGUCGUAGUACUGGUAACCACAGCAACUGUAGUGCGCUUUUCUGUCGUAUCUUUUACCACAACAACAAACCUGUUUCAGAGGAUCGUAAACCUGGUUACCACAAUCUGUUAAAAAAAAAUAAUGGUUAGAAAUGGAUGUGUUUUUACCACACAACAGUUCAAGGGAGUUUCCGCUUUUCUGGGUGGUUGCCCAAAACGUAAUAACUCAAACCAAGAAAUAUUUUUAAAUAAAAAAUUAUUGUGGACUUACAGUAGAAUGGACAGUAUGCGAAAUGAUAAACACAAUCCCAUUUUCCAAUAUUCAAGCAUAUGCUGUUUUUAAAAGAAAGAAAUGUUAGUCCAGAUAUCCUGUGUUGCCGACGGUCGGCGAACACAGAUCAGUGUCGGCGAAGUAUUGUUGCCGGGAAGAAACGACGACGCUAACGACUUCAGUCCUCGGCGAUCACCGGGAGUGAUCGUACGUCGCCGAUGAUUGCGAUAUACGAGAACUAGGCUAUAAUUAUAACAUCUAGAACAUGCCUGUCUCUAGCUUUAAAUGACUAUCAGCUAUUGAUAAGUGUCUUUCUUUGAAAUUAAAUUUACUGUAACCUA